ACACAUCAAUCGCGAUGUUUUUCCUUGGUACUCUUAUAUUAAAUUACUACGAUAAUUGUUUUGUUAUUAUAAUCAAACAUUUCAUGAAAAGUCAUACAUUAUUUUGUAUUCUAUCAAAAUAUACCGAAUCUAAAAUACAAUUUUCUUAAGUGCAAUACAAUUAAAUACCUUUUAUGAGUCCCACGACGUUAUCAUGAAACCUUAUCGUUUGCUAAACGUUAUGUCUUAAUGACUUGAAUUUAAACCCGCAAUGAUCAGAGACUGGGCUAUGCAUCGAUUUUUCACAAACAAUGGUCUAACAGACAAAAACCGUAGUUUGGAUGAUUAUCAUCGGGAGAAUGUGUCGGAAGUUGCUAACAACCACGACUGGCAAAAUGAAUUGGAGACAGAACUGUUUCAAGGAUAUUCGCCUGCCCUCUUAACGUUUGCUAGUAUAUGCUGUGUAAUUUAUAUGAUGGUUGGUGUGCCUGGAAAUCUUAUCACCAUCAUUGCCUUGUUUAGAUGCAAAAAGGUGCGCAACGCAACAGCCGUAUUCAUCAUCAACCUCAGCGUAUCAGAUUUGAGUUUUUGUUGCUUCAACUUACCUCUGGCUGCCUCUACGUUCUGGUAUAGAUCGUGGAUACACGGUCAGUUGCUUUGCCGUCUCUUCCCAUUAGUCAGAUAUGGGUUAUUAGCCGUAUCCCUAUUUACCAUUCUGGCUAUAACCAUAAAUCGAUACAUCAUGAUUGGACAUCCAUCGCUCUACCCAAAGAUGUAUAAGAAAUUCUAUUUGGGCGUUAUGGUUACGGUCACAUGGGUAGGUGGUUUUGGGUUACUAGUUCCAACGUGGCUUGGAAAAUGGGGCCAAUUCGGUUUAGAUGUGACCGUUGGCUCGUGCUCCAUACUUCCAGACUCUGUCGGUCGGUCGCCGAAGGAAAUCCUUUUCAUGGGUGCAUUUGUGGUGCCUUGCUUGUCUAUUGUGGUGUGUUACGCUCGAAUUUUCUAUAUCGUCCGAAAAACAGCUCUCAAGUCACGGGCUACAGUAACAACUAAUCCACGUAACACGAUGAAUUCCAAUCCAUCGGACACUACACCCUAUUACACUCUUAAGACCCGCUUUAAGGUGCCCGAGAUAUCCACAGACUCGGCCAUCGGGUCCAGUACAGCUACCGGAACGUGCUCCACUACCGACUCGAAGGAACAAAAUUUCCUUUCCCCGCAUGACAUUAUCGCCGAUCCAAGUUCGUCAGGACUCGAAGACAGUUAUUCACCGAUAUCCUUUUCUGAUCGCAGGAGUACCAGACGACGUGACCGUUCACCAUCAUCCGCACUGAACGCCACUAUCACUCAAGUCGUAUCAGCUGUUUUUCAGACAAAAGAGGACUCCUCUCCAAGAACACGCAAACAGAGCGCAAUUGGUGUUGACAGGAUGUCGUCGAAAGACAAGAAGCUGCUAAAAAUGAUCCUUGUUAUAUUUAUAUCAUUUGUCACGUGCUAUUUGCCAAUCACCAUUAGCAAGACAUCACAUGAACUGGACGACUUGCACGUUCUAAACAUAACUGCAUAUGUCCUAAUAUAUUUAACUACGUGCAUCAAUCCAAUUAUUUAUGUAGUCAUGAGCUCAGAGUACCGUCAAGCGUACAAGAACCUGUUGAUGUGCAAAAGUUCACUGGAACAACAGCAGACCCACAGAGGAGUGACUAAAAAACUGUCUGGUCCAUAAGCAUAAGUUUACAAUUAGAUUAAAAUAAGAAUAUUUUUAAAAUGUAAAGCGUACAUGGUAAGAUUAUUAACUUAGAGGUUACACCUAAUAUAACCAUACCGUUCUAUGUUUAUACCAAUGUAUUACAUUCUCCGGUAUAUCAUUAGUAUAUCCAUCGUGUCGAUAAAUAUUAUCACUGCCUUGAAUAGAUAGUUUUGUUACUAAAAUAAACAAUUACUAAACAAUUAUAAUAGGACAUAGACAUACAUGUUGUGGUUUACCUCAAAAAUGUAACUACAAAGCUAUAUUUCAGUAAAAAAUAAAACAUACCAAACGUAUUUUUACUAACAGACAAAUUUUGCCAUCUACAUUAAUACCUUAAAAUGCGCUAGGGCAGAAACAUAAUCGUACACAAACGAACGUAUUAUUUAACGAGGAACCUACCCUUAGAAAGUUACACAUUUUGUAAAAUAUACCCUAGUACCAAUGUACAUAAUGUACAUUUUGGCGAUAUCCAUUCAACGUUUAUCGGUCAAUAUCUCUAAAUAUUAAGAUAAUCGUACAAUUUUUAGUUACUCAGUUUUUUAUUUUUAUUCGUCACAAAAUCAUCCUCCAUCACUCUAUGCGUACCUAAUAAAUAUCAUCACCUUACAGUUUUAAAAUUAUAACGCACAGCCGUACAGGUAAUUUAUUAUUUAAAUAUCGAACAAAAUGG